AUGAAGCUCUUUGUAUUUAGCUUGGUAUCUCUACUAUGGCUCGUUGGGUGUAACGCUCACACAGUGCUGCUUCCAGCUUACGGACAGCGUUGUUUUUAUGAAACAUUGAAAGCGAAAGAUGAGCUGGCAAUCUCUUUCCAAUUUGGCGACAGAUCUCCAGAAUCGACAGACCAAAUGACGGGGGACUUUUUCGUGUAUGGUCCUAACAGACGUGAAGCUCUCAAAGAAGAAAGAGACGUUUCGCACGGUGAUGUUCAUAUCAGUGUUCCACAGGACGGCAAGUUUGAGUACUGUUUUUCGAAUGAAAGAUCGGGCGCCACAACGAAAGAUGUGACUUUCAACAUAGAGGGCGUUGUGUAUGUGGACUACAACGACCCCAAGGCAGACUCGUUGGACGGUGCCGUAAAACAGCUGUCAAGAUUGACACGGGAACUGAGAAACGAACAGAGCUACAUCGUCAUUAGAGAAAGAACUCACAGAAACACUGCGGAGUCCACAAACGACCGUGUCAAGUGGUGGUCUGUUUUCCAACUUUUUGUUGUGAUUGUCAAUUCGUUGUUCCAGAUUUACUACUUGAGGCGUUUCUUUGAAGUAACGUCAUUUGUGUAA